AUGCAAGAUUUUUAUGCGGGCGCCCCUGCGCCUGCCCCUCCGGCAUCGAAAUUGGAGCAGGUUCGCGACAGCAGCAUCAUCCAGUCAUCAGUUCCGCCACCACCUCCCCUGCCGGAGCCUGUGGUAGAGACAGCCUCACACCCCAUGAUGGCCCCGAUGUCACCGUACAUCAUGAGUGGCGAAGAACCAGUGCUCGGCGAGCUCUUGCUGGAUUUUCUUCAUCUGUUCGGAGAAGAUUUUGACAUGGGCCGAGAAGGGUUCAGCGUCAGAGGGGGUGGGUUUCGUUUCUGCGUACAUGACCAUCCUCCGCAUCCGCAAGCAUCCGACCCAAUCGUAAUUGAGGACCCCCUGAACUGCAUGAACAACGUCGGCAGGAGUUCGUUUGGAAUAGGUCAGGUGCAGCGAAUUUUCUUUGAAGUUCUGACAACUCUCAAGGCGACCAUUGUGCGCGUCAACCAGGAUGGGAGAGAGGCGAGUUCUAGGGUCCGACACACACAAUACCGGAAUCCUGCGCCAUAUUUGCGCUGCAAUGGCUGCUACCGCCGACGAUUGCCAACAUAAUGCGCCUGUUGCGGCAUAAUCGUGUCUCGUGUUCCAAUACCCCUUGUAAGUAAAAAAUUGUAGAACCAGGAGGAGUUUCGUAACUCUCUCGGGGGAGGGGGAUUCCUGGCUCUUCCAGAAGAAUACGAAGCACGAUUUUCUUCCUUUAGAGGGAGUUUUGAAGGUGUCCACCACUCAACAGAGAAUUAACAUGACUCUUCCAGACAUGUACACCGACCUAUAUUGUGAGGUUUGUCUGGCAUCCGUUCAAACGGCUCUUAUUGGUAGGGAAAAGAAAUAUUUGAUAGCUCGAGGCCGUAUGCCCCAAAACGUUUACGCCAUCUCAAUUUCGCCGUCGUAAGGCACGUACAGUAGUCAGCGUCGAUGUUGUCAUCGACUAUGUAUGGUGGUCGUCGUAGUCGUUGUUGUUUCGUUGUUGUCUUCACGAGAACAAGUGCGGAGGCUUUUCGAUAUGCCUGCCACCCCAGUGGUCUCGUAUGGUAACCUCGAACACCAUUGCGUAGUGGCUAGGUCGGGAGUUCGGUUCUCGGCGACGUGCAUUUGUUCGCCAUUUCGUGCCUAGAGAGUAGGUGUGGCAAGCGCUUGCUCACGAGUAAACUACAGGGAAGGACGGCUGAGCCUUUUUCGCGUUGAUACAAAGUUUCGGACUGAGACUCCAAAUUU